AUGGCACAAUCGGCUACGGCUACUCCUCCUUCUGCUUCUGUCGAUAUGGCUGCUGAUCCUAGUGCCGAUCCUGGUGGUCCUGGUGGUUUUGGCGGUGCUGGCGGUGGUCCUGCCGCUUCUGGACCACCCGGCCCUACUGGUAUCGAUCUUACUUCUGCCUCUGUUUCUGAUGUUGGUGGUCCCGGCGGUGGUCCCGGUGCCUCCGGUCCCAACGGCAUCGAUCUCACUUCCGCCUCCGCUUCCGAUCUCGGUGGUUUUGGCGCUUCUGGUCCAAUUGGUGGUACUGGCUAUGGUCAGGGUGAUGAGGACGAAUACGGCGACGAGGACGAAUACGGCGAAGAAGAAGAAUACGGCGAAGAGGAAGAAUACGGCGGUGGAGGUGGCUACGGCGGUGCAGGUGGCUACGGCAGUGCAGGUGGUGAAGGUGGCUACGGUGAAGCUGGCUACGGCGAUGAGGACGAAUACGGCGAUGACGACGAAUACGGCGCUCAGGCCGGCGGUGGCACUCAGGGUGGCUAUGGUGCUCCGGCCAGCGGUGGCGCUCCGGGCAGUGGUGGCACUCAGGGCAGCUACGGCGCUCCAGGAAGCGGUGGCACUCCGGCCAGUGGUGGCACUCAGGCCGGCGGUGGCCCUCAGGGUGGCCAAGGAGCUCAGGGCAGCGGUGGCCCUCAGGGCAGUGGUGGCACUCAGGCUGGCGGUGGCGCUCAGGCCGGCGGUCACGCCCCUAUCGAUUCGCAUUACUAUGAGGUGCACGGCCCGGCAUCAGCAUUUGCUGCUGAAUUCGAUCCUCACAUUUGUUCUUAUGAGGAUCUGUGGCAUACAUUCGAGCCCACCAUGGUGCAGGCCAACGCUCAACAUGGGGGGGAGCAAUAUGUGUCCUUGAUUGACCAGGCAAUUCAGGAGGUCAGCCAAAAGACCGGCGUCGAGUCAUAUCUCCUGUUAUGUGUCAUCAUGCAAGAAAGUACGGGGAAUUUAUUCGUCCAGACAACAGCACCCACGUUAGAGGAUGUCGUCGGCAUGCUCGAAAUGGGCGCCACUCACCUCCAGGGGUGCUUGACGCAGCAGCACGGCGACAUCUAUGAGGCCCUACGGGUGUACAACUCGGGGAGCAUCGCCGCUAGCGGCGAUCUGGGCGACCCUGCAAGUGUUGGCACGCCGGAUUAUGUCUGCGACGUGGCAAACCGUACACAUGGCUGGAUCAGUGGCGGCAAAUCCACGUAG